AUGAACGUUCUCUCUUCGCUGAAAGCUUCUCUAUCCGGUCCUCAUACACAUCCUUUUCCUUAUAAUGAUGCAGUCUCUUCUGUUGGACUCCUUCCAAGAUGCUCAAAGACCCUCUCCACAGCGGACCUGGAGAACUCUGAUGUGCCGCGUUUUUCUUCAGCUGGAGGUGGCCAUAAUUACGUAUUCUGGAGCUCUUUCAAUAAUUGCUCCCGUGCAAUGGACGCGGAAGCGGCAGUGCUUAUGGCAGCCAACGACGGCUGGCAGCUCGACGCAACUAACACAGCGGGAGUCAUUUUUACAGCAUUGUGUAUCAUGGUGCGGUUUCUUCUGUUGCGUGAAGUAUGGUCGCGCAAGCAAGCGCGACCCCAAAAGUACGCCGCGCUGGCGGAUGAGCUUGACAGCUUCCAACAUGUUUUUAGGAAGUCCGUGGAACUGAACGCGGCUUACAUGGCUCAGAAAUCCACUUCCGGACCGACCGAGCCCGUGGCUGGGCAUGAUGACACUGGCCUUGCGCCUGGCAGCUCCAACGCGGCAGGUUUUAAGGAGGAUUAG